AUGACUUUGGCAGGCAUAGCAUCGCUGUCCACAGCGGUUCUUGCAUCCUUCAAUAUUAGUGCGUUGACCUCACGCAAUGGAUAUUCCACCAUCCAAUGCUGGCAGCUAUCGUCCUUGCCCGUGGCCGCCAGGUCCGCUCUCAACUACGAUGUUGGAAAUACGACGAAGGCGAUCUGGUCCAUCAUUGAGCCCCGGACCAUCGUGGGAGAGGCAUGGGCAACCACUGUGCAGCUCACCAUUGUCCUGAACGGACUGAUUCAUGUCUCUACCCUUGCGGCACAAGAGCUCAACAAUCUGAGUGCCGUCUCAGCAGACACCAACGGAUAUGGCUCGCCACCACCGCGGGUUGAAGCAUAUUUUCAACCAGGAACACUAUCAUCUUCGGUCCUUAUCGCGGCUGACUUGAAUACCACGAGUUAUAUUUCGGGCCAUUGGACUGAGUUCCCAAGUAAUGGGCCGACGGUUCUGGUGCAGACACCGUUCAAGGACAAUCAAGUGCCCAAGCACACAGUCCUUUAUGAUGGGCCAUGUAUCUAA